CCGUGCUUCGGUGUAUUUUCCUUUCCCCGCGGACAGCAGCCCCUCGCUGCGCGGUGCCCAUGCUGCGACGCGUGGUGCCCUGGCAGCGCACCGGGCGCUACUCCAAGGUCAUCGUUGGAGCGUGGCACCGGGGACACCUCGCAGCCAUACCGGCGCGGUGCUUCGCGGUGGCGGCCACGGGGCAAACAGGUACCGGUGGCCAAAGCUCCGCGCCGAACUCCGCCGCGCCGAAGCCGAGCGCCUGCGCGGCGGAGAAGGACUUCACGAAUGCGGCGCUCGCGUUCGAAGCCAAAAGUCGAUGGGAGCUCUUCCGUGCGUGGUGCGUUUUCCAGAUCUGCGCCAUUGGGCCGAUCGUCCGACACUGCGACACCUUGUACAUGUACUCUGUGAAGGUUCUGGGUCCCAGGCUCACACAUCUUCUUUUGAGGAAGACCUUCUUUGAGCACUUCUGCGCUGGGGAAAGUAGUCAGGACAUUUUGCCCAAGAUGAGAGAGUUGCAGAAAUACAACGUCGGGGGCAUUCUGGACUACGCGGCGGAAGCCAAGGACGGUGAACUGCCGGAGACGGUGAAGCCCAUCGACGAGGAGGAGACGGUGGGAGCACCGUUGAGCAGCCGAAGCUACGACUACGAGAGCGAGGCGCUCUGCGAUGCGAGGGCACAGAUCUUCCGGGUGGCCGUGCGCGGGGUCAAGGACACGAUCCCGGAUGGCUUUGCAGCAAUCAAGCUGUCGGGCUUGGGGAAUCCGGUGUUGCUCGAGAGGAUGUCGACCUGCUUGGCAGAAGUCUGCCGUUUGUACAAAAGACUGGCUCACGAGGACAUCAACCCCAACGAAAACUACUACAUGAUCGAUCGAUCCUUCAAGAUCGACCUUGAAACCUUCAAGACGGGCUGGCUGAAGAUGUUUGAAGGCAAGAGCGAGGACGAGCUGAAGGCCAUGUUUGAUGCGAUGGACGACAACCACGAUGGAUACAUCAGCUAUCUGGAAUGGUCCUCGGGCGUGAAGCUGUCGGAAAUCAACGAGAUGGUCCGUGGCUGCAAGCAUCAAGGCCGGCUCUUCCAAGCGGCGCUGAAUGAAGAAGAGGUGAAGCUCUAUCGAAACAUGCUGAAGCGUGUGCAGGGCAUUCUGGACCUGGCACAGGAGCUUGGCGUGCGCGUGAUGAUCGACGCCGAGUGGACGGACAUCCAGCCGGCGAUCGACCACAUCACGAUCUUCAUGCAGAGGAUUUACAACAAGGGCGAGUUGCCCAUCGUGUUCAACACGUACCAGACCUAUUUGAAGGGGAUGCCCACACGUGUUCAGCGCGACCUGGAUCGAUCCAGGCGAGAGGGAUGGCGCUUCGGUGCUAAGCUGGUGCGAGGGGCGUACAUGGUCUCUGAGCGACAGAAAGCCUCCCAGCGUGGAUUGGAGUCGCCCAUCUGCGAGACCUACGAGGAGACCGAGGAGAACUUCCACCAAGCCAUCGAUUGCAUCCUGGCCCAUGGAGAGGACAAGACGGAGGCCUCUCCUGGAGGUGCUGCGGCCGAGGUGCUGGUGGCCUCCCACAAUCGGCACUCGGUGGAGCGAACCAUCCAGAAGAUGACUGAGAUGGGUGUGGCCCAGGAUCGGGUGGGCUUCGGUCAGCUCAUGGGCAUGGCGGACCAUCUCACCUACACGCUGGCGCGCUACGGGUACAGGUCCUACAAGUAUGUCCCUUAUGGACCAGUGGAUGAAGUGGUGCCCUAUCUCAUUCGACGCACACAGGAGAAUUCUUCAAUUCUGGGAUCACCAAGUGUACAGGAAGAAAGGCAAAUGCUCGGCCGCGAGCUGCUACGACGCCUACGGCCGAUCGCCUAGGAGAGCGUGUGGAGAGCUCAGUGGAACCGGCCCAUGAGUUUCUUUUCUGUCUAAAAGGGACGAUGGCAACACAUGGCUGGAGGGGCCGUUUGCGCCUUUUUUCUGAGCAUUUUGCUGGGUCUGCUGCUUUGAAGAGCUGCUCACUAUACUUUUCUUGCGCUC